UACAAAGAUUACAGCUGCUGCUUUCCUAAGAAGCGUUGUGCACUUUCCCAUAUACUUGAUCAAAGCAAAGGACGAAUAAGAACCGUCAGCAGAGAUGGUUGACGCCAUGCGUGCGAUGCUGGAUGAGCUCAUGGGGAAGGAGCGGAACGUGCCCCUUGGCCAGCGCUCAAAUCGGAGGAUUCGGUUCGACGACCCCAGUGUUUGCAAAUACGCCCUAGCGGGCCUUUGUCCUAAUGGCUUGUUCAAGAAUACUCGAAGCGACUUAGGACCGUGUCCAUAUGAGCUUCACGAGGACCAUAUAGGAUGGGAAGAAUUGAAGGCAGAAUACGAUAAGCAGGACCCUCGUGAGCACGAAAGGUACGAGCGGCGGCUUAUGAAGGUGCUUGAGGACCUCAUUCGGGAAAUGGACCGGAAGAUAGCCAAAUCCAAGGAGCGAGCAGAGGCUGAGAGCAGUGCACGUCCGUUGAAGCCAGACGACGCGACGCGCCUGGCCGAGAUGCAGACCAAAGCCAAAGAGUUGCUGCAAAAGAGCCAAGAGGCCGGUGAGGCUGGCGACGUGGACGUUUCCAUGGCGCUGGCUCAGCAAGCGCAGGAAAUGCAGGCUCAGCAUGACCGGCUGCACCGCAGCCUAACUGCGCCCGACCGCACCAUGAGCGUGUGCGACAUCUGCGGCGUCUUCAUCAACAGUACGGACAAUGACCAGCGGCGGCAGG